AUGGCCUCGAUACUGAACACAUUAAUUAGCGUCUACGCGUCACUUUUCUGCAUGGAUGAGCGCUGUAGCUCUCCACAGAUGUCAGCAAAAGUUCAUGCGCCCCUAGCACGCAUGCCGGCUCCCCGCAAGAAGUCUGUCAAGUUGUCGAUCGACGACCGAUUGCGCGCGCUUAUCGGCGAUAUGAUCAGCGAAGAGGAGCUUGAGAAGCGCCUUACGUUCGGACGCAUUUUGGGCACGGGAGCGACAUCCAGGGUCUACGAGGCCGUGAAAACGACUACAGGUGAGCACGUGUCUGUAAAAGUGUUCGACAAGGCGUCGAUGAUUGAAGCACGUCGCUCUAUGGUUGCUGACGGCCAAUAUGUGCCGGAGAAGGCCGUGCACCGUGUGCGUCGACGACUGCUAAAGCUUGUGUCAGAGCUUGAGAUUUCCAAAUCACUGGACCAUCCUAAUAUUGUCAAGUACCUUGGAGCCUUUGAGACGUCUUAUCGCAUCUGCAUUGUUCAUGAACUUGUCGAGGGCUCGGACCUGCUGGAACGUUUGUUGGAGAAUGGAAAGAUGCCUCAGGAUCAGGCGGCUGUAGUGGUUCGGCAGCUGUUAUCGGCUUUGGAGUACUGUCAUACUCGCAAUAUCUUCCAUCGUGAUUUGAAGUUGGAGAAUGUUAUGAUAACUAAAGAUCUGGAAGUGAAGCUUAUUGAUUUUGGAAUGUCUGAAGUGGUGGCAAAUGCUGAGCAGCCCUUAAAAACAGUGUGCGGCACGCCCCUGUAUUGCAGCCCUGAGAUUCUUUUCCUUCAUACCUCCGCCGCGAAUGCUCGCAAAGGUUUUUACGGAGGACCUGCAGACGUGUGGAGUGUCGGCGUACUGAUAUUUGCGCUUCUUACAGGAUGUGCUCCUUUUGACGACUCGGAUUUCCACACACUGCGUCGAGAUGUUUUACGCAAUAACAUUAACUACCCUGCGUAUAUUUCCCAUCAAGUGAAAGAGCUACUUAAGAAUGUGCUUGUAACAGACGCGAAGAUGAGGCCCACAGUCGCAGACUUACUGUCUUAUAACUGGUUUCAGGACUUGGUCGAAAACGAUUAUGCGAUAGUCCAAUACCAGGAGGAACAAUUUACCGAGGAAGAGCAGAGAAAAUGGUCGUGCACUACACACGAAGGCAAGGUCGACAUCCGCUGUCGCUCUCUUUCUUGUCGCCGCACUAGCACGUACAGCUCGAAUGCAAGCCUCGAAGACGCAAUGAAGCGCCGAUCGUCAUCGCCUACACACGUUGCCAACUUGUUAAACGGUGCUUGUAAGACCAUUACCUUUGACUAG